AUGAAUAUGGAGAAUAAGUCUCGUCUUGACGAUUACCUUAAACUUGAAAAAAUUGGAGAAGGAACUUAUGGAGUUGUAUAUAAAGCUAGAGAUGUUAGAACUAAUGAACUAGUAGCUUUGAAAAAAAUACGUUUAGAAGGUGAAGAUGAAGGUGUUCCAUCAACAGCUGUGCGUGAGAUAGCCAUGUUACGUGAAUUACAACACCCUAAUAUUGUAUUUUUAAAAGCUAUAAUUAUGGAAGAGAAAAGAUUAUAUUUGGUAUUUGAAUAUUUAACAAUGGAUCUUAAAAGAUAUAUUGAUCAAAUACCAGAUGAUAAAACUAUGGAUAAGUAUCUUAUGAAGAGUUAUUUAUAUCAACUUUGUCAAGGUAUGUGUUUUGCUCAUCAACGUCGUAUUUUCCAUAGAGAUUUGAAACCCCAAAAUUUGCUUGUUGAUAGUUCAGGAUGUCUAAAAGUCGCUGAUUUUGGUCUGGCCCGUAGUAUAGGUAUACCAUUACGUGCCUAUACACAUGAAAUAGUUACUUUGUGGUACCGUGCACCAGAAAUUAUACUUGGAGUCAGGAGAUAUUCACAUGGUGUUGAUACGUGGGCUGUAGCUUGUAUUUUUGCAGAGAUGGCUUUAAAAAGCCCACUAUUUCAUGGAGAUUCAGAAAUUGAUCAGCUAUUUAGAAUAUUUAAAAUUUUGGGAACAGCAAAUGAAGAUUUAUGGAAAGGUGUAUCAGAUCUGCCUAAUUAUUCUUCUACUUUUCCAAAGUGGCCUUCUAAAGAAUUGGGAGAAGUUUGUAAUGGGCUUAUUGAUAAAGACGGUAUAGAUUUACUAGCCAGCAUGUUGAUAUAUGAACCAAAUAAUAGAAUUGAUAUGAAAAGAGCCUUGAAACAUCAUUACUUUGAUGAUUUGAAUAAAAGUGCUCUUCCUGCUGGAGAUUGGGAUGGUGAUCUUAUUCUUUAA